UCAUAAGUAUUUUAGAAUGGUGAAACUAGUCGCGCGUGUUGCAUUAAUUCCCGUCUGCAAUAUUUAGCAAAAUGAGUGUCGGUACCUUCAUCAAACGCAAAUUAGAAUUUCUAGCAGUGGCCUGCUUAGCUCUAACUCUCGCGUUCGGGCCGCUGGUAGGUUUCUUUGUCGCUGGCUAUUUGCUUGUGUAUUCCAGUUACCGUUAUUAUGUCAUAUUGUACAUUGCGUGGAUAUAUUUGUACGAUUUAAAUACAUGUGAAAGGGGAGGUAGAAGGCUGAGGUGGGUGCGCUCUUUGCCUUGGUGGACGUAUGCAAGGAGGUACUUUCCCGUGUCGUUCGAGAAAGACGACAAUGUUGAAUUGGAUCCUACCAGAAACUACAUGAUGUGCUCGUUUCCUCACGGAGUAUACCCACUAUCUGCGUUUCUUGCAUUUGCAUGCGAGUCGGAUGGUUUCAAGAAUCAUUUUCCUAACUUUACUCCGUUUGGGAUUACUUUAAAAAUCAAUUUCCUAUGUCCGUUCUAUAGAGAGUUCAUGCUUGCAAUGGGAAUGUGCAGUUCAAGUGCUGAAUCCAUAAGAUGGAUGCUGAACAAGAAAGAGGGUGGAAAUGUAGUGAUCAUUUCAGUUGGCGGUGCGUCAGAAGCCAUGCAUAGUAAGCCGGGCCAAUACACGCUGGUGCUCAAAAACAGAAAGGGAUUUGUAAAACUUGCUUUAGAAACGGGCAGCCCUCUUGUACCCGUCCUUUCCUUUGGCGAACCAGAUCUACUUGAUCAACUCCCAAAUCCGAUAGGUUCAAAAAUGCGCGCGUUUCAAGAAUGGGCAAAGAAACGUAUGGGAUACGCGCCAAUCAUACCAAAGGGACGGGGGAUCUUUCAAAAUUCGUUUGGAAUUCUUCCAAAGCAAAAACCGGUUACUACAGUCGUCGGACCUCCGCUUGAUGUACAAAAAAUUGAUAAUCCGUCGCCCGAAGAAAUCUCGAUCGUUCAUCAGAAGUUUGUGGACCAUUUGGUCGAAUUUUUUGAGCAGCACAAACACAAAUAUGUGGAUGAUGCAGACAACGUCAAAUUAGUUAUUUUAUAAGUAACUAUUGUAAUUUAUAUCGUUACCGUAGUAGUAUUGCAAAUGGCACCAAACAAAUUAGCAGAUUAAGUUGUCGUAUUUGACCUGUUCUGAUAGGGCAAUACCAUUUCAUUAUUGUUAAUAUUCAUGUUUUCUUCUUUUAUUGUAUGUCUCACUUAUCGAAUGAUAUUUAUAUUGUAGCGUAAGCCACAUAGAACAAACAUCCGUUGCAGAAAUAUUACACUACAAUGUAGCAA